CGCGCACCGGGCGCCCGCUCUGCCCGCGGAGCCGCGGCCCCGCUGGCAAUGACCACCCGACAGCAGCGCCGUGCAGUGACAGCCCAGCGCCGCUAACCGCCAUGGAAACAAGGAGAAAUAGGAGCAGCUAGCGAGCUGCUCUCUCCCCCGCCUUCCUCUCUCCGCUGGAUUGCGAGCCUCAGACAGCCAGGCAGCAACAGCGCCUGGCAAACGCAAGGGAUCUCAGCUGGCAGCACCGAGAGUCUCUCAUGUUGCAGGAUAUCAAUAGAUACAUCUCUGUAUUAUAGACUGUUAGACACACGCAUGCACACCGACUCACACCCACACGUACGUGUGUGCUCGCCUAUACAGACUCUGGCUUCAAUACAAGUAUGUCGCUACCUGAACUAAGGAUUCAAAAUUACUGAGAUGCAAGAACUCCUCCAGCUCUGAAACUACUCUUAUUAUAGGUGGCCAAUAGCAAAUUUCCAGGGAGGGACAGAAAAUACGGUCAGCUGCAUUGUUAUGCUUCCCCAGAUUGCUUUCACAAGUAUCUCUACUGAGCAGAAGUCCCUGAGAAUCACAGUGGGAUCAAAAGGCUGAGAUAAGACAUUUGCAGUAGUAGUCUGUUGAAUCUCAAUUAAUUUACAAUUCAGGUCAUCUUGUCGUUCCUGCAAACACUAAUCAAUCAUGGGAUUUGAAGUUAAUACUACUAAAUAAAUGAAUUGUUUAAUCUCCUAUGAUCAUCUAUACAUACUUCAUCUUCACAAAGCUCAUCAAUUUUACGUCAUCAAGGACAAAGUGACCUUCAUUUCUGCAAAAUGCUUCUUACUACUGGACAAGUUGGCUACAAAUUUAUCACAUCCUCAGGAAGGAAGUCCUUCAUGAUCAUCAUUUGAUAAAUGCAAGAUUGUGCUGUAUUAAUUGACCAGGUCAUACUGAAUUCUAGGACUAUAAUUGUGGAAUACUAAAGGGUCUGUUACUUUCCUGAACAUUUGGGCUAAGAUGAAGGACCUGCAACUCAAAAUUAAUUUACUGCUUGGUCUAGUUACCACUGCUCUUCUACAAGCCGUAGGAAGAAAAGCAGACUGCCCGGAGUCAUGUAUAUGUGAAAUCAGACCAUGGUUCACCCCCAGGUCUGUCUACAUGGAAGCUCCAACAGUGGACUGUAAUGAUUUAGGCCUUUUUCAUUUUCCAGCCACACUGCCUGCUGACACACAAGUCCUACUUCUACAAACUAAUAAUAUUGCAAACAUUGAACACUCAGUAGACUUCCCAGUGAAUUUAACUGGUCUAGAUUUAUCUCAGAACAAUUUAUCCUCAGUGACCAGUAUUAAUCUUAGAAAGAUACCACAGUUACUGUCAGUGUACCUUGAAGAAAACAAACUUACUGAGCUCCCUGAAGAAUGUCUCUCUGGACUCAACAAUUUACAAGAACUUUAUAUUAAUCAUAAUCUGCUUUCUGUGAUUGCACCAGGAGCUUUCAUAGGCCUCAAUAAUCUUCUCAGACUUCAUCUCAAUUCAAAUGGUCUGCAAGUGAUCAACAGAAAGUGGUUUGAAGCUAUUCCUAAUCUUGAAAUUCUCAUGAUUGGAGAAAAUCCAAUAAUCAGAAUUGAAGACAUGAACUUCAAGCCUCUUAGCAAUCUGCGCAGCCUAGUUUUAGCAGGUAUAAAUCUCACUGAAAUACCAGAUAAUGCUUUGGCUGGCCUUGACAACUUAGAAAGCAUUUCCUUUUAUGACAACAGAUUUGUUAGAGUGCCCCACAUUGCUCUUCAAAAGGCUACAAAUCUUAAAUUUCUGGAUCUAAAUAAGAAUCCCAUUAACAGAAUUCGACGAGGAGAUUUUAGCAAUAUGCUGCAUCUAAAAGAGUUAGGAAUUAAUAACAUGCCUGAAUUGAUUUCUAUAGAUAGUCUUGCUGUUGACAAUUUGCCAGAUUUAAGAAAAAUAGAAGCAACCAAUAACCCCAGAUUAUCAUACAUUCACCCCAAUGCAUUCUACAGACUUCCCAAGCUGGAAUCGCUGAUGCUCAACAGCAACGCGCUGAGCGCACUGUACCGCAGUACAGUGGAAUCCCUGCCUAACCUCAAGGAAGUCAGCAUCCACAGCAAUCCCAUCAGGUGUGACUGUGUCAUCCGCUGGAUUAACAUGAACAAAACAAACAUUCGGUUCAUGGAGCCGGAGUCCCUGUUUUGCGUAGACCCUCCUGAAUUCCAAGGCCAGAAUGUGAGACAGGUACACUUUCGGGAAAUGAUGGAAAUCUGUCUUCCUCUGAUAGCUCCUGAAAGUUUUCCAUCUACAUUGGAUUUAAAAGCUGGCAGCCAUAUUUCUUUGCAUUGCAGAGCAACAGCAGAACCAGAGCCUGAAAUCUACUGGAUAACACCAUCAGGACACAAACUUUUGCCUAAUACUGUCUCUGAUAAAUACUACAUUCAUUCUGAAGGAACGUUAGACAUAAGUGAUGUAACACAAAGAGAAAGUGGCUUAUACACAUGUAUAGCAUCAAAUUUAGUUGGGGCAGACCUAAAGUCAGUCAUGAUUAAAGUGGACGGCUCUUUCCCUCAGGAACACAAUGGAUCUGUAAAUAUUAAAGUAAAAGACAUAAAAUCUAAUUCUGUUUUGGUUUCAUGGAAAGCAAAUUCUAAAAUUCUGAAGUCCAGUGUCAGAUGGACAGCCUUUCCGAAAGCUGAAGACUCGCGGGCUGCACAGAGUGCUCGAAUACCGUCUGAUAUAAAGGUGUAUAAUCUUACACAUCUAAAUCCAUCAACUGAAUACAAAAUUUGUAUAGACAUUCCCACUAUCUAUGCUCAGAAUAGGAAACAGUGUGUCAAUGUAACCACAAAAGGACUGGACUUGGAAGUGAAAGGCUAUGAAAAGAACAACAUAAUAGGAUUCCUUACCGGCCUUGGUGCUCUUUUGGGAAUCAUAUCUGUGAUAUAUCUCUACAGCUGCAUCUCUCAAGAUAUGAACUAUGGCAUUGGACACAGCUAUCUAAGGAAUUACCUGAAGAAACAAUCCUUUUCACUCAAUGAGCUUUAUCCUCCUCUAAUCACUCUUUGGGACAUGGGCAAAGAAAAAAGCACAGCAAUGGAAGUAAAAGCAACUGUAAUAGGUGUACCAACAAAUAUGUCAUAAAUAUGUCAGUAUAUCACUUACUUUCUGAAAUAAAAAGCACAUGACUGUAUUUGUGCUGAAUAAAAAGGCAACAAGAAAAACAUAUUUCUCUUAGGAACUAGAUGGCUGGACUUUGUUGCUGCCAACAAAUGGAAUAUAUAUGAUUCAAUAUGAGAGAAGAAUUUUAAUUAACUGGCUUCUAAGGGUAUUCUACCAACCAAAUAAAAUUAACUUCAUAUUCUAGAACUUUCAUGGGACUUUUAAGUCUGGAAUACAGUGGAAGUAGCCAAGAACAUUUUCUGUAUUUUUUUUAAAUUAUUAUAUAAAAGUAGUGGAACUGAGCAAUACCUCCUCCUGUGCUGUAUUACACAAAAUAGCCACGAGUUUUUGCAGUGAACAGAUAUACUAGGAUUGACAUAUGGUGUAAUGAAAUGGACAAAUUCUGUAGAGUAGACACAGUGAGUAUGUGAAUUUUUUUUAAUGAGAAAAUACAUUUUUGAUUAAAAUCAAAAUACUUUUUGUCUUGUUUGUUUCUAAAGAAAACACCUCACCUUUCUGGGAGUUCUUGUCUGACAAUAACAAACACAAUCCAAAGUCUGAUAAAAUAUCUCUUUACAUAUUCUCCUCUCUCUUGAAAAUGCUAAUCUGAGCACAAACGAUAUUUUUGCUGAUUUUAGGCUGUACAAUGUUUCUAACAGAAAUGUAAGUUUAGUGAUAGCUUUUUAUCAAAUUUUAUUUACUCUAAGAGCAUUAUAAAGCCAAAAGGGGUGUUGGAGAUGAGGCCACUUAAACCCACUUGAAUUAGAUUUCAGCAUAGAUAUUGGUUAAUGAAUAGUUCUUUGAUCCUUUUCUUUUAUACACUUUUAUGUAUCUGUGUGAAAUACUUCUGUUCUCUUAGCAACAUGUGAGCCUGCAGAUCUUUAUUUCAUUAUAUCUGUAUUACAUAAUUUUAUUACUAGACAAAAGUAAUCUCUUCUAGAAUACAUGGCAAUGCUUUCCAUGGUAGUCCUGUGAACCACCAUCAGAUAAACAUAACAUCUUUGAUCUCUUCAUAGAAACUUCUCCAUGGUAUUGGCCAUUUUCCAUGACCAGAGACACUCUUUAUGUCAAAAUCCCCACCCAAGAAACAGAUGAGCAGUGGAAUUCUUGUGCAGCUGUAUAUAAAAAUGGAUAGCUAUUCCUUCUACAGAUAUCCUACAUAGGCCUGAAAUCCCUAGGAAAUAAUAAAUCCACCUUGUAGAUUUAAUAGCAUAAUGUAUAUUACCUUGCAUUUUUGCACAAGCAUGCAAAAAAAAAAAAGUAACAGCAGUUUUUUCAGCAAAGUAAAAUCUCUUAAAAGUAAUAGAAAUAACUCAGUUAUGUUGAAUUAUGCUUUUUCAUAAUCUCAUUUAUACAAAGGCUGUUUUUUUCUACACAAAGCAUAGGGCUAAAAUUUUCAUGUAUUUCAUUAAUUGGGAUGUUUACUUUCUUUAAUGGAGGAAGAAAUUGAUAAAGAAUUAUAUUUAAUUUCCUCAGAAACAGAAAAGUAUUGCUACACACUUUUGUUUCCAGUUAUUUAAUAGUUUUCUCUCAGGAAUGCAUUAAAAUGCUUUAAUGCAUUAAUGCAUUAAAAGCAGUACUUACUGGUUAUUCAAACCAGAAGAGUAGAAACAGAUUAAUUUUUCUUUGGCAUUUGACAGCAAACCUCAUUCUGAGAUGUACCACUAAUAAAAGAGAGGAAGCAAACAUAAGUAUUUGAAAUAUCUGGCUAGGAAAUACCCACAAUACAAUACUAAAAAAAAAUUAAUUUAUAUUACUUUUUUCUGUCAGUUACUGGACUGAAGGAUAAUAUUUUAUUAAUAAAAAGAUGAAGCAUUUACUUUUUGGUAAAAAAUUUGCUGCCAUUUUAAAAAAUAAAUUGCAAUAUUUCAUCAGCUAACAAGGUCAAACACUAUUUUAAAUAGGAACAUUUCAGUUUCUAGUUUAGUUAAAAUGCUGUGAAAUCUUAACUCCAAAAAGUACCCAUAAAACCAAGAUAAGAGAUUGGAGAAAAAUAUGUUGAUUUAUAUCCUAAAAGGAAAUGUCCACUUCCAAAAUUCUCUAAUAAUCCUAUUCUGCUUGUGUAUCCUGAAGUAAUGACCUCAAGAUAACUUAAAAUAGAAAUUGGGAUUCUUCCCAUAAUGUUGUGCUGGCCAGUAAGACAUAAUGGUCAACAAUAAUCUUCUAAGAUAUCCUUUUUUAUCUGAAGCCAGAAGAGACUCUUCUGAAAAAUGUUGCUAUAUAGCACAGAAAAUAAGUUCACAUACCAGACAACUCUAGAAGAAUUGUGAGAAAACAAAUUGAAAACCAACAACACUGUGUCAGAAAUAAGGAAAAAAUAUUUCUUAUUAUUGAACUGAAUAAGGUGGAUGUGUGGCACUGACAAAACAAGCAAUUUUACACAGAAGAAAGUAUACAGUAAUUAUGAAAAGUUCAUUAUUAAUACUUCAGAAGACAUUUUGAAGGAAAUAGCUAAAUGGAAUAAAGGAGACAGUCAUUGAACACAACCCAAAAGAGCCAAAAAGACUGAGAGUUCAUCUCAUGCUAAAAAUAUGAAAACAUACUUGAAAAAAUAAUAACAAUUGCAUGCAGCUUUUGUAGAAGUUAGAAAACAGAUGACUAGAAAUAUAUCCAGAGAAAAAAAAAAACAAAAAAAAACAAAAAAAAACUGGUAUUGCCUGCUAAGUAGAGAAAAAAACCCCCACAUCUUUCUGAAAUACAGGUUGACCUUCCAAACCUAGUGUUUUGGUAGGUCAGUUGACUGAUGUUCCAAAUGUGUAAUUUGAAUAGCUUUUCCUUUAAUACCAUUGGAAAUCAUUGGAACAAUUUUCUCAGGAAUAGACUAGAUAGGUACUCAGGGAAAAUGCUAAACAGCAACAAAAAAAAAAGAGAGAGAAGGAUUAUCAAAACAGGAGAAGGAUAAUCUAAACACUCAGUAAGCAUGAAAUCAAGACAGAGAACAAAAAUGAAGAUAGAUGACUGAGUUUGUGAAAAUUAAAGGAAAAAACCACCAAAUUUCAUUUCUGCAUAGGACAACUAUAUAAGUUAGAUAUCUAACAAGAGAAUUGCAAUUACUCAUUUAUAUGGAUAAAUUCAAUAUAUCACUGAAACUUGGCAAACUUUGCGUGAUUGGAAUGUUAAAAUACACAAUCAUAACCUGUCUAGUCAGAACUGUGCUUUGAAACUGAGACUUGAGCUAUUCACUUCACCUUCAAUAAAAAUUCUAAAGGA